CAGGGGGCGCACUUGAUGACUCGUGGAUGGUGUCGAAUAUUCUUGCAAACGUAAAUAAUCCAGGACUUCAAUAUCCAGACAUCAACGAAGUUGACCAUGAUGUAGCAUGAGAGAGUGGACAUGUGGGCCAUUCGACUUCUUCGCCCACCAUUGAUCAGGAGUCCCUUUCUGGCCCUGCCCUUGAACCUCCAGUGUAGUUUCCUCACCAGUGCCCAGACAGCUGAGGUCUUGAGGCCGUUCAUCUUUGCUGUCCAUCCGGACUUUUUCGGCCAGCAUCCCAAGGAACAAGCUGUGAAUGAACAUUCCCUUAAGCUGCUGUAUGCACACUUAGAAAACAUCAGAGAUAAAUCUGUGCAGGUGACCCCUAAGGAUCUUACUUUCUACCUGCGCAAUGGUGGAGGAGUACAGCCAUCCAAGCAAGGUCAGUCUGUUUUUCGAUCCGUCACAGUCAGCCUGUUGGCGAGAGACAUCUACACAACCGUCAGCAACAUCCUAGAGACGUGCAGUCUGCCAACCAACAGCCUCCAGGAGCUCUCGGCACACAGGCCCCUUCCCUUUCCCAGGCCGGUGGAAUGGCACCACUCCUACUAUGCCUACACCGGCAAGAAGGACCCCUAUGCAGAGGUGUAUGCCAAACACCAGCCAGCUAAAGAUUCUCUUAGAAACUGGCUGAGGACAAACGUCUCUAUAGCCAGGAAGAAUGAAGAGUCCAGUCUCCCUAUCCGCCAGGAGACGGAGCGUCUGAACGAGAGUCUCCAAGAGGAACUGGGCUUGGAGGAGUUGAGGUGGAUGUCUAGGUGGGACGUCAAUACAUUCAGGGCAUGCCUUAGGUCAGUUGGAAAGCUGCAUCGGGAACACCCUGAAAUCAUGGACAAUCUGAGAGGAAAGAAGUUAGUGCUCGGAAACUGGAGUGGAGUGUCAAGAGAGGGUGACGUGAUGCUGUGCAUUAAAAGUGUAGAACAGCAGUGGCUUGCAUUCCUAAGCAGCCUGCCCCAGCAGAUGAAAGUCCUAGACCACCUGUCUGUGGCCGAGCAGCAGCUCUCGGAUCUCCUCGGGGGCAGCCUGAGAUUGUCCAGACGCUGCUGCCGCAACCCGAUGCCAGCGCCGGCCUACUUGGGCCUGCUGCGGAAGAUGAUUGCAGGACUCCAGAGGUACCGCCAGACUGUGGAAGGACAGCGCGACUGCCAGAGAAUCUCGAGAGGACUCCUUGCCAACGUGGAAAUGAAUGUUGUCAGUGAUUCAGGUCGGAUGUAUGUGUCUUCAAGAGGUGCACUUCACGUUCCUGCUUCCAGCCAACCACCAGACCUCAUCAGCUUUCUCCUUGACAAUGGAUUCAGGGUCAAAGACCUCAAGAGGCACUACCAGAGAAAACUCCUGGAAGAGAUUGCUGUUGUUCAGACGUGUGUGGAGGAGCUAGACUUGGCGACUUUGACCAAAGAAGAUUCUGUGUCCACUGAGGAAAUGAUGUUGUGCUGCAGGAGACUGAUGGAGAGUCCUGCUGAGCUGGGCGCGUCGUUGCAGGACACCAGCAUACUGGUCGGUCACGUCUACAUGGUGCUGUGGGGUGGGGAAUUGUGCAUACCCUGGAAUUGGAAGGACUAAGUUUUGUUAAUCUUUGUUCAUUGUUUGCUGGCUCCCCUGAAGGCCUCCUAAUUGCUUCAGUGGUGCUAUGAGAAUCCUAACAUUUAUUCGAUUAUCAGUAUUUUGAUGGGCGUAUUGUGUUUUUUUUGUCAGCUUAAUCUGAAAAGUUGGAGAACAAAAUAAAACUUUAUUGUGGAUGUUGUGGAAGCCACGUGGAAAUACGUAUUCAGUGAAAAGUAAAAAUGGAAAAAAGACACAACAGUGUCAUACCUACAUCUUUCGCAUUAAACAAAUAAUCUGUUUUUAUAUGAUGGAAGGGUCACUAUCAUUUUUUUAUAUUCUGUUCAACAGCAUUCAAGUCUUUAAGCGCUAGUUGAAGCGUGUUAGUCACAUUUGUUACAAGUUUCGCACUUCAAUCUUUUUUCAAUUGAUAUUGCAACCCAUCGCUUUGUGUACUUGUGAAGAGGUUUAUUUUUAUGUACACCUUUUGGUUAGUUUUCAAACUAUAUUUCAGUUUCAUUGGUUACUCAUUCGUAUUUUCUACUCGCUCAUAUGCAGUUUCUAUGAAAGCAGUGUGCAGUUUAUAGAAUGGCUGUUGGUAACCCUCAGGUAUUUUGCAAACCUUUUCUAUUCUUUGUCAAUUCAACGUUGCAUAAUGGGCAACGGUUUACAUGAUUCUGGAGUGUCAGUAACCCCAUCCAACUAGCAUAGUGUAUGUGGCAUCAGUUGUUGCAAACUGCAUUUUGAAGUGUGAACAGUGGACUGUCUUGUAAAUUCAGCGGGUGUGCACUCAAGUCCAUCACAGUCAAAUCUGAGCUCAGUCACAAGCAAAAUUAUGAGCUCAUCACAAGGUGAACAGUGACAAAGACGUGCUUCUGUCACAGCUUAAGACUUGAGACUAGAUUACUUGAGAUUAACUUGUGGUCUUAUGAGGACUUGGCUACAACAAAUACUUCAUUGAUGAACCAGCUAAAAAGAAGAACCUGCAGUGCGUCUUCUCACUCAAGUCUAGACUCAAGUAAAGCAGAAAAUGAUUGUGAAGUCAGUGUGAAUCCCAAACUUGAAAACAGACUAAGACCAUUUGUAAAAUGGGCAUUAUUGUCAGUGGCUAUGGCCUCCCCCUGUGGUGUGCUAGUGUGAAAAACCUGAGCCGUGAUAUCCAGAGUACUUGAUUUAGACAUGGCUUAAUAGCUUGAAGUCUGGACCGAUUUUCCACUGUCUUGAUUAUUGUGGACAUAUUGCAGGUCUAGCUACACAUUUAAAGCCUGUAAUGUUAGACUGACAUGGAUACUCUCUGUAUGAGAGCCCAAGAGAAGUGUGAUAGAAGUGUUUUACAAUCCAGAAUCUAAUCUAUUUCAACCAGGGUCCAAAAUGUCCUCUUGGAGCUUUUGUUUUAGAAUUGGAUUAAAAAUCCUGUCAUCUGUUUAAGUUGAAUUCAUUUUAUCUUUGGGUUCUUGAAUGGACUGCAACACUUCUGGAGUAACUUCCACAAUGCAUUGAAGUCCUGGUAAUUUUGGCUGAAUCCUUUGGCAGAAUACAAAUGUUCAUUACUUUUAGCCAUGAGGCCUGAAUUAUGAAGAGCACAGACUACUCACUCGACUGCAAGUGGUUGAGCCGAAGGCAUGUAAAGGAACCAUUGACUACUUCAAGUGGUGUAGUGGAACUAGCCUCCUGAGGUAAUCAAAGAACUUUUUUAUGAUAUUAAGACAGACUUAGAGGAGGACGUUUAUUCAGUGUUGUCAUUGUGGACAAAAAUUAGAUACACAAAUGUACAUUUGCCACAGAGAAAUAUAAAUAUCAUUAAUAUCAUCAUGUACUCCAUUGAUCACCGAGGGAGGCUAGUUUUAUGACACUAUGAGGCAGUUAUUAAUUGUUUUAUAACACCUCGCCUACGUAUUUGGCUUGAUUUAAAUUGAUAACUACUUUAUUUAAUCUAUAUUCAUAAGUAUGCAUACAGUUUUUUUUAACUUCACGACCACUUUUUCAAAUUAUCGAAAACUUUGAACCAGCACUUAUUUGGGAGUGCUCAUAGCACACAUGCCCUUGUACAUUAUCAUGGAAUACCUGUUGAUACGCAUGCAGUUCUUUGGUUGCUAUGGGUGUAACAAAUUUGUGAGUGCCAUGUGAUUUGCUCUUGGCCAAUCAAGAUACAGAAUCCGUUGGUGAGGUGUUAUAAUGGAAUAUAGCCCAAUCCCAAAUCUUUGACACACAAGUCAUUAGAUAUGAAUUUUAAUUAUAGAUUUUGCCCUUACACCAACGUAUAUUCAACACUCUGCAUACUCAUUUUGAAAAAAACUUGUGAAAAACUUCGCAAGUUUACUUGGGUCAAGUAUGCAUGAACGUGUAGAUCUGGAAGGGGUUGAUGGAACAAUCUUUUUGUAACAUGCUGAGAGGUUAAGGAGAGUGGUAAUGAAAACCAACUUUUUCCAGCAGGCUACAGUAGUCUUUGAGGAGGCACUUGUAAUGAUGGGAAAGCCAUUGUUGCAGUUUAACUGCUUGGUGUUGUAAGCAUGAUGUGGAGCUCAUUCCAAUAAAACAUAGCAUAAAUUUGAUCUCAUUUUA